AUGGUAGUGACUCGCAAUUCGUCGUGUUCCCGCUACCGUGUAACCGCAGUGUGUAACUAAUUGUGGAUAUUGUAUUGUAGAGGGUCAGGGUAUUAUCACGAGAAAAUGAGUAUUCUCGCGUACAACGGCGGUGCCGUGAUUGCCAUGAAGGGCAAGAAUUGCGUGGCCAUCGCGGCCGAUCGCAGAUUCGGUAUACAAGCGCAGACGAUAAUGUGCGAUUUCCAAAAGAUCUACGAGAUGGGACCGCAUCUGUACGUCAGUCUGCCCGGCCUUGCCACCGACACCCAGACCGUUAUAGAGAGGCUACGCUUCCGUUUAAAUCUUUAUGAGCUAAAAGAAAAUAGAAGGAUUCAUCCGAAAACGUUCACAGCCAUGGUAUCGAAUCUCUUGUACGAAAGGAGAUUCGGGCCAUACUUUGUAGAACCCAUUGUUGCUGGGUUGGAUCCUGUUACAGCCGAACCAUUUAUCUGUAACAUGGAUUUGAUAGGAUCAAGAAACAUAGCUGAAGAUUUUGUAGUAGGUGGAACAUGUACAGAGCAGCUUUAUGGUAUGUGUGAAUCACUGUACGAACCUAAUUUAGAACCCGAGGCACUAUUUGAGACUAUCAGUCAAGCUCUAGUAAAUGCAUUUGAUCGCGACGCAAUAUCUGGAUGGGGUGCUGUUGUUCAUGUUAUAGAGAAAGAUAAGGUCACAAAAAGGACUAUCAAGACAAGAAUGGAUUAAAUAUUUCUUUUUUUACAUCACUAUGUAUGGCAAACAUUUCAUAAUAAUUAUUGUAAUUAAUUCUAAGAAAUAUAAACAAAAACUUAUACAAUU